AUGGCCGGUGGAAGAUUAACUAUAUGUAUUUUAAUUUUUAUGUCAACUUAUUGUAAUGGUCAAAUUUACAAGUUUUCAAGGAACGAAACAUUUUCACAUACGAGGAAGAAACUGAAUGACCAUAUUAUUUCGGAAUUUACGACAAAACAUUUAGUUACUCAGUGCGCUAUGGAAUGCUUCCAAAUCAAAAGGUGUGCGUCUUUUAAUUUUGACCAAGAAAACCACGUUUGUCAGCUGAAUGAUGCAACGCAUAUAGACUAUCCAAGCGAUUUCGAAAAUGAUAAUUCUGAAUUUGACUAUCAUCUUCGAGGAGCAUUUUCUAUAGACCCAGAAGCAGUAGGACCAUGUGGAAGUUACCCCUGUAAAAAUAAUGGCCGAUGUUUAGAUAAUUACAGAGACGAGGAUGGAAACAGAAUUUAUCUAUGUUUAUGUAGUAAUGGAUGGGGAGGACAGAACUGUGAUAUACUAAAACACAGAUUGGCCUGGUCUGAUUGGUCAGGAUGGGGAGGAUGUUCAGCUUCCUGUGGAAAUGGAUAUCAGAUAAGAAAUCGUUCAUGUAAAGAUACAGUGACUGAUGAAGAUAGACCAGACUCAGAUUGUUAUGGGUCAGAUAUUGAGUACCAAACUUGUCCUUACAUAGAUUGUCCUCGUUGGGAUGAAUGGGGAGGCUGGGAUAAAUGUUCCACAAAGAAAACAUGUGGUCCUGGUACAAUGGUGAGAACCAGGAACUGUAGCAAUGGGGGUGUGGUGGGUGUAGAUAGGUACUGUCUGGGUCCAACAUCAGAAUCAGCUGUCUGUCAUAGUCUUACGUGUAAAGGAAUGGUAAGACUUCGUAAUGGUACAUUAUUUGGAGAAGGUAGAGUAGAGCUGCACAAUGAUAUAACACGAGAAUGGUUACAGGUGUGUGGUGAUCACUGGGACUUGCCGUCUGCUCAAAUUGUUUGUAAGCAGAGAGGAUUCAUAGGAGCUUUCAAUGCUAUUUCAGAUAGUUCUUAUCCAAGCAAUGCAAGUCAGCCAGGUAUAAUUGUGAAAUGUAAUGGUACUGAGAAAACACUACAAGCCUGUGAGAGACAUGAGAUUGACUCGUGUAAGACAGUUGCUGGGGCUCAAUGUAGAGUUAAGGGAGUUUGGAGUUUGUGGGCUUCAUGGGGAGAAUGUUCAGUGACCUGUGAAGACGGGAUCAGGACAAGAAGAAGAGAAUGUAAUCACCCACCACCAAAUAAUGGAGGACAACCAUGCCCUGGCAAUGAAGUAGAUUAUAAGAACUGUACAAUGAUCAUGUGUCCAGUGGAUGGAUUUUGGGCUGCCUGGUCUCCUUGGUCAGACUGUUCAGUCACAUGUGAGAAUGGUACCCAGUACAGAACAAGAGAAUGUAAUGACCCAAAACAUGAUGGUGCUGAUUGUCCUGGAGAUGACAGAGAAGUUAGAGGAUGCUUUCCAAAAAUGUGUCCAGUGGAUGGUUACUGGACAGCAUGGAAAAGUUGGUCUGAAUGUUCGGCCACCUGUGGCUAUGGAAAUCGUAACCGUUCCAGAACUUGUGUUGAACCACUAUAUGAAGGUGCUCCAUGUCCUGGUCCAGACUCGGAAAUUGAAGCUUGUAACUCUUUCUCCUGUCCAAUUGAUGGAUCGUGGAAACUUUGGGAGUCCUGGAGUGAUUGUAGCACGACCUGUGGGGGCGGGGGGCGUAACAGAACAAGAGAAUGUAAUGAAGCCAUGCACGGAGGUGGCGAUUGUAUUGGUGUUUCCAGUGAAACAGAAAGUUGUAACACACAUAACUGUCCAGUUGAUGGUGUGUGGUUAGAAUGGGCAGUGUGGAGCGAUUGUUCAUUAUCCUGUGCGAUUGGUUGGCAGUCCAGAAACAGAACUUGUCUUGGCCCUUUCUAUGGUGGUGACAACUGUACAGGAGAUCUAUCUGAAGUACAAGACUGUAUGUUGGUAGAAUGUCCUGUUGAUGGUGUGUGGCAGCCCUGGUCUCUGUGGGAUAGCUGUAAUAUUACAUGUGGUGGAGGAGGACAGAAUAGAUAUAGGACUUGUAUACAACCUCAGUUUGGAGGUGCUCCUUGCAACGGAUCAGAGAUUGAUUAUAAAGAUUGUAAUAUACACCACUGCCCUGUGAAUGGUACUUGGUAUGCAUGGAGUAACUGGACCGACUGUUCAACUACAUGUGGUGGAGGACUCCAGACAAGGAAUCGGACCUGUGAACAACCAAUGUAUGGGGGAUACUAUUGUGAGGGCCCAGAUGAGGAGAUAAGAAAUUGUAGUACUCAUCACUGCCCAGUUGAUGGUCAUUGGGAAGAUUGGUCAGAUUGGGCAGUCUGUCCUGUGACCUGUGGAGGAGGAAGGCAUAACAGGUCAAGGUUAUGUGUUGAGCCAUUGUAUGGAGGUCAUUACUGUGAUGGGAAUAGCUCUGAAAUCCAGGAUUGUAAUGUACAGGACUGUCCAGUUGAUGGUCAAUGGGAUCUUUGGACAGACUGGUCAGAUUGUACAUUAACUUGUGGGUCUGGUACACAGAUGAGGAACCGUACCUGUGUAAAUCCUCAAUUUGGAGGAUCUUCUUGUAUGGGGGAUAGUACAGAAGAACAGUCUUGUAACAAACACCACUGCCCAGGUAAGUGGAUUAUUACACCUGUGUUAAUCCUCAGUUUGGAGGAUCUUCUUGUAUGGGGGAUAGUACAGAAGAACAGUCUUGUAACAAACACCACUGCCCAGUUUGGAGGAUCUUCUUGUAUGGGGGAUAGUACAGAAGAAGAGUCUUGUAACAAACACCACUGCCCAGGUAAGUGGACUAUUACACCUGUGUUAAUCCUCAGUUUGGAGGAUCUUCUUGUAUGGGGGAUAGUACAGAAGAACAGUCUUGUAACAAACACCACUGCCCAGUUUGGAGGAUCUUCUUGUAUGGGGGAUAGUACAGAAGAACAGUCUUGUAACAAACACCACUGCCCAGGUAAGUGGACUAUUACACCUGUGUUAAUCCUCAGUUUGGAGGAUCUUCUUGUAUGGGGGAUAGUACAGAAGAACAGUCUUGUAACAAACACCACUGCCCAGUUUGGAGGAUCUUCUUGUAUGGGGGAUAGUACAGAAGAACAGUCUUGUAACAAACACCACUGCCCAGGUAAGUGGACUAUUACACCUGUGUUAAUCCUCAGUUUGGAGGAUCUUCUUGUAUGGGGGAGAGCACAGAAGAACAGUUUUGUAACAAACACCACUGCCCAGUUUGGAGGAUCUUCCUGUACGGGGGAUAGCACAGAAGAACAGUCUUGUAACAAACACCACUGCCCAGGUAAGUGGACUAUUACACCUGUGUUAAUCCUCAGUUUGGAGGAUCUUCUUGUAUGGGGGAGAGCACAGAAGAACAGUCUUGUAACAUACACCACUGCCCAGUUUGGAGGAUCUUCUUGUAUAGGGGAUAGCACAGAAGAACAGUCUUGUAACAAACACCACUGCCCAGUGGAUGGAUAUUGGCUAGAAUGGUCAGAGUGGGAUGAAUGUUCUGCUUCUUGUGGUGAUGGUGAACAGAUGAGGAACAGAACCUGCAUGGACCCCUUGUAUGGUGGUAAAUCAUGUGACGGAAACAUGAAUGAAACAAAACACUGUAACAUUAAAAGCUGCGCAAUUGACGGUAUUUGGAUGCCAUGGACAGAAUGGUCAGAUUGUGACCUGACAUGUGGAGGUGGAACAAGAUUCCGUAACAGAACCUGUAAUGGACCAUAUUUAGGUGGGGAGGAGUGUAAUGGAACAGCUUUAGAGACAGAUUUCUGUUCAAUGACACCUUGUCCAGUUGAUGGAAUGUUUACUCCGUGGAUGCCAUGGACUGGUUGUGAUGUGUCUUGUGGAGGAGGGUCAAAGUCACGUAAAAGGUUUUGCAAUGGACCAUAUUAUGGAGGAAGGGAUUGUAAUGGCAGUUUAAGUGAAGUAGAAGACUGUUCAACAGGCCCAUGUCCAGUUGAUGGAAUGUUUACGGAAUGGACUCUUUGGCAAAGUUGUCCUGUGACUUGUGGUGGAGCAGAACACCAGAGAGAGAGAAUUUGUGUUGGACCAUUCUAUGGAGGAGCUGAUUGUGAUGGUGAUAGUAUAGAUAACAGAAAAUGUAACGAAAAUCCAUGUCCAGUUGAUGGUGAGUGGAGUCUGUGGUCACAAUGGGCUGACUGUACAGUAAGUUGUGGAGGUGGUACAGCAAGACGGUAUCGUUUCUGUACACCAAGUACUAAUGGCGGAGAAGAUUGUGAAGGACUUGGUGAAGAAUUACUGGAAUGUAACAACCAGAGUUGUCCAGUUAAUGGAGUGUUUGGAGAAUGGACAGGAUGGUCUGAUUGCACUAAGAUGUGUGGUGGAGGGGACACAUAUAGAAACAGAACCUGUAUUGGUCCAUGGUUUGGUGGUCAGCCAUGUGAUGGACAAUGGAAUCAAAAUAGUACUUGUAAUGAACAUGAUUGUCCAGUUGAUGGUUACUGGGACGUUUGGAAGGCUUGGGGUGUAUGUAAUGUUUCCUGUGGUGGCGGUAUGCAAAUUCGAUUACGUGAAUGUAUAAUGCCGCUCCAUGGUGGCCAAGGAUGUGAUGGAACUAAUACUGAUAGUCAAGAAUGCAAUACAAACCAUUGUCCAAUUGAUGGAGAGUGGAAAGAAUGGGGAGACUGGAAUCACUGCAGUACAACAUGUGGAGGUGGCAUACAGUCACGCAAUAGGGAGUAUGUAGAACCGCAGUAUGGUGGUGCUCCUUGUCAAGGAAACAAUACAGAUUAUAUGUCUUGUAAUGACUUUGAGUGUCCAAUUGACGGUGUUUGGAAUGAAUGGGAGUCAUGGAGUAAAUGCACCUUAACUUGUGGUACUGGGACACAGUUUAGGAAUAGAACUUGUGAAGGUCCUUUUUUCGAUGGUGCUCCAUGUAACGGGAGUGAUUUAGAAACACAGGACUGUAAUACACACAACUGCCCAUUGGAUGGAAUCUUCAGUGAGUGGAGUGACUGGUUCCUCUGUAGUGCCACUUGUGGUGGGGGAGAGCAGUUGAGGAACAGAACAUGUACUGGUCCAUACUAUGGUGGUGCUCCCUGUGAAGGGAUGUACAAUGACUCACAAUCAUGUAAUGGGCAUGAAUGUCCAAUUGAUGGUGUGUGGACAAACUGGACCUCCUGGGACACAUGUAAUGUAACAUGUGGUGGUGGCAUCCAUUGGAGGUACAGGUCAUGUGAUGGACCUUUCUUUGGAGGGGCUAACUGUUCUGGACCAGCAGAAGAUAGUCAAACAUGUAAUGACCAUCCUUGUCCAAUUGAUGGCUAUUGGGAUGAUUGGAAUAAAUGGGAAACAUGUAAUGUCACAUGUGGUGGAGGAAUACAACAGAGGUCAAGGACAUGUGUGGAGCCUCUUUAUGGUGGAGCAGACUGUACAGGCCCUGAUACAGACUAUCAAGAUUGUAAUACACAGAACUGCCCUGUUGAUGGAUAUUAUGAAGAUUGGGGACAAUGGGAAAAUUGUACUGUUAUUUGUGGAGGAGGGACAAAAACAAGAAGAAGAACUUGUAUAGAGCCAAUGUAUGGAGGUGCUAACUGUACAGGACCCAGUGAGGAAGAUACUGACUGCAACACACAUAACUGUCCAGUUGAUGGGAUAUGGAAGGUGUGGUCUGAUUGGACUGACUGCACUACCUCUUGUGGGGGAGGAACCAGUACUAGAAAUCGUACUUGUACUGGACCUUAUUAUGGAGGUGCAGAUUGUGAGGGUGUGAGGGUAGAAGACACAGGUUGUAACAGUCACCCUUGUCCAAUUAACGGAGAUUGGUUUGAAUGGGGUCCAUGGAGCCGCUGUACAGUAACAUGUGAUGGAGGACUGAGGUCAAGGUCACGUGAAUGUGACAUGGAUUCCUAUGGCAACCUGACUGCUGCAUGUGCAGGAGAUGCCACAGUAACAGAAGCAUGUCAUACAUUUUCAUGCACUCCAUAUGAACCACACUGUAAUGGAUGGGGUCAACGGGGACUGGUGGACAGUGCACAUGCCUGGGUUGCACCAGUAACCAGCAAUGGAUAUCAACUUGAUGAAGUAGAAGUGUAUUGCGAUAUGGAUUCAAAUAAUGGAACUGGAGUCACUGUCAUUGGGCAUAACAAAGAGAUGAAGACUAGAGUGAGUGGAUUUGAGGGAUCAGGUGACUACGCCCUCAUCCUAACUUACAACAUUAGUAUAGGACAUGCAUCAUCCAUCAUUGAUGCAUCAGAAGAUUGCAGGCAGUUCCUUCAGUGGCAGUGUAAAGGUGCAGUCAUACAUAACCCAAACCAAGCAGGUCAUUGGACGACUUACUGGACCAAUAGAACUACUGCUUACAUUCCUGAUGGCCAGCAAAAGCCAGCAGCUGAUUACUUCCCAGGGGCGGUACCAGGUAGUGGGAUGUGUGCCUGUGGAUCCAACAACAACUGUAAUAGAUCUGAUGUCACAUGUAACUGUGAUAUUAAUGAUGCAGAUUGGAGGUCAGAUGAAGGUUAUGUAACAAACAAAGCAGAGUUACCUAUUGUAGCAUUUUAUGCUGGUGAUACAGGUAACGAGGGAGUUGAAGAAGGAGUUGUCACCAUUGGGAGAAUAUACUGUACAGGAGAUUCAAAUCUUAAAUAGCGCAUACAGAUAUCAACAUUAACCUAGAUAUACACCUAUAUAGCGCAUACAGAUAUCACCAUUAACCUAGAAAUACACCUAUAUAGCGCAUACAGAUAUCACUUUGUAUUAAACCUUGAUAUACACAUACAUCGCGCUGUAUUGUAUUUUCUGAAAGCAAUUUGCACUUUAGAUUUAUGUUCAAAAUGUCUUGAGAAUCAGUUUUAAAUUGAAAUUCUUCAAACUUCAAUUAGGAGAUAACUGUUUUGUAUUUUCAGCUCCGACGGCAUCAA